AAAUACCUCACGCUGGUCGCUCAAAGGAAGGCGGGACUAGAAAGGAGGUGUUGCGUGGUGAUUGGUUGCUGCGCGUUAUUUGGAAAGACCACACUAGGCAGCUAUUGGUUGCCGAGAGGUGGGGCUACUCGACCGCUGAAGAGGUGGCCGCUGCGGCGAGAAGAGCCAUGAGUCAGGCGGCCAAGGUUUUACAACUCUUUAAAACAUUGCACAGGACCCGACAACAAGUCUUUAAAAAUGACACCAGAGCAUUAGAAGCCAGAAUUAAGAUAAAUGAAGAAUUCAAAAAUAAUAAAAGUGAGACUUCUCCUAAGAAAAUAGAAGAGCUAAUGAAAAUAGGUUCUGAUGUUGAACUGUUUCUCAGAACAUCUGUUAUACAAGGUGUUCACACAGACCACAAUACAUUGAAACUGGUUCCUAGGAAGGACCUUCUUAUAGAAAAUAUGCCAUAUUGUGAUGCUCCAACUCAGAAGCAAUGAAUUUUCUAGGAUAAAACCAAAUCUUUGUACUUAUUAAUUUAAAAUAUAUCACUUUGG